AUGUCGACCGAAGUCCCUACGACGCUGUGCACGACGGUGACGGGAGAAUCCGUAGCCAAGCCUUUCCGUGCGGCCAUCAUCGCCACGAUCUCGACCUCGUCGCCUCGACCCAAGCUCGUCGGCCUGCUCGCCAACUCGAAUGCGCCGUCACGCGCCUACGCCGAAUGGACCGCCAAGGCAUGCCAGGCAGUAGGGAUCAACUAUGAACUGCGAGAAGUCGGUGCGAUCAAGGAAGGCCAGGACCAUGCUGUGGCCGAGCAAGGGGAGGUCGAGGAAGCCAUCUUGGAAGCGAACGCCGAUGACGAGGUGCAUGGCAUCAUGGUCUACUACCCCAUCUUUGGGCCCAGGCAAGACGGCUACUUGCAACAGGCCGUUAGUCCGCUCAAGGAUGUCGAGGGGCUCAACUUUACAUGGUAUGUCUGGCCGGCCUGUCGGCUCUUUCUCCAUGGUCAGAGCUCGGAGCUCUCGCUCUAGCUCCGAGGUCACGUUACUGUUCUCGGCCUAGAGGACGAUCCCAAACUGAUCAGUCCGGACCUUCACUACACCAGGCUCUUUUCCCUUUAUCAUAACACGCGAUUCAUCGAUCCUCGCAAGAUUGCACUCGCUGCCCAAGUCGUCUCACCCCCCGCUGCUUCAACCUCAGGAUCGGGUCCCACCGAGCCCGAGCUCGUCAAGGCUAUCCUGCCGUGUACCCCUUUGGCGAUAGUCAAAACGCUCGAGCACUGUCAAGUGUACAAUCCCGUCCUACCUUAUGGCUCUCGCGCUUUUGGGAAAACCAUCACCGUCAUCAACAGGUUCGUCACUUUUCACUCGCACACGCAGUCUCCGGGAAAAUAUUAUGCUGAUCCAUGCGCCCUCGUCUUUGUUUCAGAUCCGAAGUCGUCGGUCGACCCCUCGCCGCUCUUCUCGCCAACGACGGUGCACGAGUCUUUUCUGUCGAUCUCGAUGGCAUCCAAGAGUUCACCCGACGGAGAACGUCGGCUCCCGCCGCAGAAGGAGAGAAGCCCCGCCCCUCGUUCCAACCUCGCCAUUUCGUGCAGUCGACACCGCUCAAGCUCGAAGACUGCCUCGCUAUUUCUGAUGUCGUCGUGUCCGGGGUCAGUGAUAGGGCUGAUUUGUCUUUACGAUGCGGAGAUAUCACCUUACUGAUGAUGUAUGAUGCGAUUCGUUGCUGGCAUAGGUUCCGAGCGCGGCGUACAAGAUCUCCACCGAUGCUCUGAAAGAAGGCGUCAUCGCCGUCAACUUUUCCGAGUCCAAAAACUUUGAAACCAACAUCAAAGAAAAGGUGAUACCUGCCACCCAAUCAAGGAUUUUGCCAUCGUCGUAAGCACUGAUGUACAACCCCGAAACUUUAUCGAAGGCCUCGAUCUACUGCCCCGGAAUCGGCAAAGCGACGAUCGUCCUACUGCAACGCAACUUGUUGAGGCUCCGACAAUAUCAGGACAUCUUGAAAGGGAUUGCAUCAAGCAGCGAAUAG